AUGAGUACGGUUAAUAGUUCCAAGCUAUUGGGAACUAUUCGCUCACUUGAAUCAAGCUUUAAUAAUGCUUCGGUUGAAGUCGAUAAAGUCAACCACAGUCCUCCUAUUAGCAAUGAUUAUUCAGAUAUUGGUGAUGUCGCUUUCUCUUGUGUGCACUGUGGAGCAUUGUUGUGGUACGCCAAAAGAAAUAGAAAAAAUAGACAAACUCAAAAUCCAGAGUUUAGCCUAUGUUGCAUGAACGGCAAAGUCGAUCUUCCUCUACUAAAAACAGCACCAGACACUUUGGUACAACUUCAUAAUAAUGUUGAUGAGAGAAGCAAGCAUUUCUUACGUAAUAUUAGAGCUUACAACAUGAUUUUCUCAUUCACUUCCUUCGGAGGCAAGGUUGAUCGUUCUGUUAACAAUGGAAGUACUCCUUAUGUUUUCAAAGUUGGUGGACAAGUACAUCACUUAGUGGGAAGUCUUCUUCCAGUGGACAAUACUACACCAAAGUUUGCUCAACUAUACAUAUAUGACACUGACAACGAAAUGGGUAAUAGGAUGAAUUGUCUAAGGAACUGUGAUAAAGCUGAAAAUUUAGAUACAGAAAUUGUUUCUUCAUUGCAAAAAAUGGUGGAUGACAACAACGUUAUUGCACAAUCAUUUCGUUGUGCAAGAGAUCGUUACAAAAAAGGAGAUUUUAAUGGACUAAAAAUGAGGCUAAUUCGAAAGAGGGAUAAGGAUGGCAGAACUUAUAAUCUUCCAACUGCAUCAGAAAUUGCUGCUUUGGUAGUUGGAGACAUUGAUAGUUCUAUUGGUGAUAGAGACAUAAUAUUAGAAACUCAAUCUGGAACAUUGAAACGAAUAGAUGUGAAGCAUCCUUUGUAUCUCGCACUGCAAUAUCCAUUGUUGUUUUCGUAUGAAUUUCAAAAACGAGGACUGCCUCAUGCCCACAUUCUUCUAUUUCUACAUCCGCAUGAUAAACCAUCUACUGCAAGUGACAUUGAUUCCCUUAUCUCUACGGAAAUUCCAAAUCCAAAUGAUAAUCCUGCACUUCAUGAAGUUGUUAACAAUUUUAUGAUACAUGGUCCAUAUGGUGUGGCAAACCUGAAAUCCACUUGCAUGCAUGGUGGGAAGUGUACCAAACGUUUCCCCAAAAAAUUCUUACCUGGAACUACAAUUGAUGAAGAAGGUUUUCCUCAUUACAAAAGGAGAUAUGAUGGUAUAACAGUAAACAAAAAAGGAGUACAUCUCGAUAGUCGGUAUGUUGUCCCAUAUAAUGCCAAAUUGCUUUUGAAGUAUCAAGCUCAUAUGAAUGUAGAAUAUACUUGCCAGAGUAUAGCUAUAAAAUAUCUAUUCAAGUACAUUCACAAGGGCAACGACCGAGUUACAGCAACUUUUCACCAUUCUCCUACAAACAGUCAAACAACGUCAUCUACAGAUGAAAUCAAAAUGUUUUAUGACUGUAGAUAUAUUUCUUCAUGUGAAGCGGUUUGGAGAAUCCUUGGCUUUGAGAUUCAUUCUAGAUAUCCUCUAGUACAAAGGCUGUCAUUCCACCUUCCUGAUCAAAAAUUUGUUGUCUUUAAAGAUGAUAGCUCAAUUUCUGAGGUUAUGACAAAUGCUAUGGAGAAAAAAUCAAUGUUUGAAGCAUGGAUGGAGGCUAACAAUAAGUAUGAUGAAGGCAGAGGUUUAACAUAUCCAGAAUUUCCAACCAAAUUUGUCUACCAAGAAAACAACCAUGAAUGGCAUCCUAGAAAAAGAGGAUUUUCUAUUGGAAGAUUAACUCAUGUUCCGCCAAAGAAUAGAGAUGAUUACUACCUAAGAAUGUUGUUGAAUACUCAAAAAGGUUGUAAAAAUUAUGAAGAUUUGAGAAUUGUUAGUGGUGUCAUUUUUCCUACAUUCAAAGAAGCUUGCUAUUCCUUAGGUUUCUUGGACGAUGACAAAGAAUACAUUGAUGCAAUUAAAGAAGCAAGCUUUUGGGCAUCCGGACAUUAUAUAAGAAGACUAUUUGCUUUGCUGUUGUUUUGCAACAAUAUGAGUAGACCUAAAUAUGUAUGGGAACAAUGUUGGAAAUUAUUAUCCGAUGAUAUCUUAUAUCAGCAACGAAAGAACAUGAACCGCCAAGAUUUGGUAAUGACCGAUGAACAGAUUAAAAAUGUUUCUCUUGCUGAAAUUGAAAGUUGCUUACAGAGUAAUGGGAAAAGUCUGUGUAAUUAUCCUACAAUGCCAUGUCCCACUGGUGAAUCUGUACUUCAUGUAACUAAUAAGUUGAUACUUGAUGAGUUAUCUUAUGAUAGAAGUUUAUUGGCAAAAGAGCAUCAACAUUUACUUGCAAGCCUAACAGAAGAGCAGCGCAAUGUGUACCACAGAAUCAUGGAAGCAACAUCUGCAAAUAAAGGUGGAUUCUUUUUUCUAUAUGGUUUUGGAGGCACGGGAAAGAUUUUUAUAUGGAAAACAUUAUCUGCUGCUUUCAGAUCAAUAGGAGAGAUUGUUCUUAAUGUUGCUUCAAGCGGAAUUGCGUCAUUAUUAUUACCUGGAGGGAGAACUGCUCAUUCUAGGAUGUGCAUACCUAUUGACAUCAGUGAAGAUUCCAUCUGCAACAUUAAGCAGAAUUCGCCUCAGGCUGAGUUACUGUCAAGAGCUAAAUUAAUCAUUUGGGAUGAAGCACCUAUGGUUCAUAAAUUCUGUUUCGAAGCUUUGGAUAGAACACUAAGAGACAUUCUCCGUUUUUCAAAUCAAAAAAGUUUUGAAACGUCGUUUGGUGGGAAAGUCGUUGUUCUAGGAGGUGAUUUCAGACAGAUCUUGUCCGUUAUUCCUCACGGUGGAAGGCAAGAAAUUGUACAUGCAACAAUAAAUUCUUCACAUCUAUGGCAUUAUUGUCAAAUGUUGACAUUGACUAAAAACAUGCGGCUGUAUUCACAAGGUUCUAAUAAUGAUGUCAUGGAGAUUAAAAUGUUUUCUGAAUGGCUUCUUGAUGUUGGAGAUGGCAAAGUUGGUGACAAUGUUGAUGGAUACUCUACAAUAAAAAUCCCAGAUGAAAUCUUGAUCAAUGAUUGCAAUGAUCCAAUCUCUGCUUUAGUAGAAUUUGCCUAUCCAAAUCUUUUGAAAAAUAUGCUUAAUGCAUCUUUCUUCCAAGAACGGGCAAUCUUAACACCAACAUUAGCGGAUGUCUCCAUGUUAAAUGAGUACUUAAUGUCAAAAAUUCCAGAAGAAGAGAAGGUAUACCUUAGUUUAGAUAGUAUUUGUAAAGCGGAAGGGAAUAAUAAUGUUGAGGAAGAAGCAUUUCCUCCAUAA